CUUCAUAUAAUAUAACUUAGUUAAUAGUUUCAUACACUACACAAUUUAUGCUACCCCUAGCCCUCAAACUACAAAAUCAGCUAAAACAAAUCCUACUUGGUGUUUUGUUUUUGUGAACCAUGACUUUGUUAUUGUGGAUUCUGACUUUGUUAUUGAGAAAUAUGACUUUUUAAUGCAUUUAGUUCAAUAUGAUGUUGAAUAUGUCAUAUUUAAUAGUAUACUACGUAUAUAAUAUUUUCUAAAUAGUGCACUUGACAUGAGUGAGGUGAGCGCUUUUUUGCACCUUGCGCCUCAGGCGAUAUAAAUACUCUAGCGUCAUGAGUGCGCCUCGUGACUUGACUACCUUGCAUACACCCAUUGUUAGGGCAGCGGCCAUCUGCUAUCCAUAGGACCUUUUGGACAAGAUUAUUGACUGCCGGCAUAUCCAGGAAUACUAUGAUAAAGCUCUAACAAUUGGUUUAAUAGGUUAUGCUCAGUUGUAUUUCUCUGAGGAGAGUUGCAACAAUGUUCGUGGCUUGCUUAAAAUUUUGUCACCUUGCGAGUAUGCAUGAAUUUAUAGUGUGCAGUUGGUAACUAAUCUACGCUCUAUAAAUUAAUCAUCGUUAUAAAUUUAAUCCCACCAAUCCCAAAUCCCAACUAGUUGAUAUUAAGAUGAUCAUGAUGAUGACCAUUUCUCAAGUUUUACUUUGUACUGCUUGCAAGAUGAAGCAAUUCUACCCCCACUGCCAAUCCAAAACUACUUCCCAACCACCACAAAUGAACUCAGCCUCACACACUCGUUAAUGGCCGCCAGCAAAACCAUCAAUGGUGACUGCUGCCACAAUAAAUGUGACCCUACUAGCCGCCUCGUUAACCCCACCACACCCCAGCCCUCAACCCCACCACACCCCAGCCCUCAAGCCCACCACACCACACCCCGCCCCUUCCUUGCACAGUCACGUGAAACCCUAGGGUUAGCAUCGCCGCUGUCGACUUCAUAUGAAAAUAAAGGACCUAAAUCCCAGCUGCCAGGAUCUUUGCCUCAGAUCUGGAAACUAGGACGACGACGACAAUCUUGUUCUACCAUGCUCGUUCAUCUUGUCGCCGCUUCAAUGAAAACGACAAUGUAAAUUUGGUUCCGAUUUGGAAAUGUUUAAAUCAGAUAUCACGGCGGAACAAGGGUUCGAUUUGCACUCUUGCCUAUGUUGCAAUGGUCACAACUCUGCGUGCUCUGGCUGCUCCAAUCCGGUUGCUGCUUGGUAAAAGUUUAAGAAGCCUCUUUUCGUUCAAAAAAUAACAUGGUUGAAUCUCCCCGUGAGUUUAUUGCAGCUUUGAAAGAGAGGCAAAACCCUCUCCAAUAAAACCGCACCUCUCGUCGCCAUCUGUUUCUAAGUACUCUCCUUGGCGCACAUAUAAAAACCAGAAGCCUUUAUAUAUAUAGGAAUACAUCUGGCACAGAUAGCGUGUGGAUUGUAAGAAAGUGGUGUUAAAAAUUGUAGAUAUUAGUUACUACGUAUUAUCCAAUGUUCUAAGAAUGAAAAUAAAGAAGUUAC